GCGCAUUGAGUUUUCUGGAAUUUACAGUUGACAUGGAAAGAUACGACUUUGCCAGGAUUUAGCUUGACAAUGUGCUAUUUAUCUACUUUCAAGUUUACGCACAUGGUGUCAGUUUAAAAUCAGAUCUAGUCGUCCAAACACAACCCUCCCAUAAAGUACACUCAGGGAGGCUGAAAUUCACCCCACAAGUUCCCAGGGAUCCCUCAGCCUUCUCCGAUGAAAGCCGAGCAAGAAGGAGACCUCCUUGAAGAGGACUCCCCUCAGGAGAAUGGAGUCCAGACAAACCAGUACAGCGCCAUCUCUCCUCCAUCCUCACCAGUGGCCCAGGAUGAACCCUUUUCCACAUACUUUGAAGAUAAGGUGUCCAUUCCUGACAAUGUCAGCCAGGUGUUCAGUUUUCGUAAACUCUGGGCGUUUACUGGACCAGGGUUUUUGAUGAGCAUUGCUUACUUGGAUCCAGGGAACAUCGAGUCUGACCUGCAGUCUGGAGCUAAAGCUGGCUUUAAGCUCCUGUGGAUACUUCUUGGAGCCACCAUUAUUGGGCUGCUGUUGCAGAGGUUAGCUGCACGCCUUGGGGUCGUCACUGGGAUGCACUUGGCUGAAGUCUGCAACCGGCAAUAUCCAACUGUUCCUCGUGUCAUCCUUUGGCUGAUGGUAGAGCUGGCAAUUAUUGGCUCAGACAUGCAGGAGGUCAUUGGCUGUGCCAUAGCUCUCAACCUUCUGUCUAUGGGCAGUAUUCCACUUUGGGGAGGUGUCCUGAUCACCAUCACAGACACAUUUGUUUUCCUCUUUCUUGAUAAAUACGGCCUGAGGAAACUUGAAGCUUUCUUUGGCUUUCUCAUCACUGUCAUGGCUCUCAGCUUUGGUUACGAGUAUGUGCUGGUAAAGCCAAACCAAGGGGAGCUGCUGAAGGGGAUGUUUGUACCUUACUGUGCCGACUGUGGGCCUGUGCAGCUGGAGCAGGCGGUGGGAAUCGUAGGAGCCGUCAUCAUGCCCCACAACAUCUACCUGCACUCAGCGCUGGUCAAGUCUCGGGAUAUUGAUCGCAAAAAUAAGAACGAAGUAAAGGAAGCCAACAAGUACUACUUCAUUGAGUCAACUGUUGCUCUCUUCAUCUCCUUCCUCAUCAACGUCUUUGUCGUAGCGGUCUUUGCUCAGGCCUUCUUCAAUAGAACCAAUAUUGAAAUGAAUAGUCAGUGCAAUGCAACCGGCAGCCCUCAUACAAGUCUCUUCCCUCUCAACAACAACACGCUGGAGGUGGACAUCUACAAAGGGGGAGUGGUCCUGGGCUGUUUCUUUGGCCCUGCAGCCCUCUACAUCUGGGCGAUUGGGAUCCUGGCAGCUGGACAGAGUUCCACCAUGACAGGCACUUACUCUGGGCAGUUUGUCAUGGAGGGUUUCCUGAACCUUCGGUGGUCCCGUUUUGCCCGUGUGCUGCUGACCCGCUCCAUCGCCAUCACGCCUACACUGCUGGUAGCCAUUUUUCAGGACGUUGAACAUCUGACGGGGAUGAAUGACUUCCUCAAUGUGCUUCAAAGCAUGCAGCUUCCAUUUGCUUUGAUCCCAAUUCUGACGUUCACCAGUCUGACAUCCAUAAUGAACGACUUUGCAAAUGGAAUGGUGUGGAAGAUUUCCGGAGGCAUCGUCAUCCUGGUGGUUUGUGCAAUCAACAUGUACUUUGUGGUGGUUUACGUGACGGCGUUGAACAGUGUGCUGUUCUAUGUUUUCGCUGCUCUCCUCUCCGUGGCCUAUCUGUGCUUUGUAGGCUACCUGGUGUGGCACUGUUUGGUUGCCUUGGGGGUUUCCUGCCUGGACUUUGGUAGCAGGAUGCAACUGUCACGGCACACAGACAUUUACUUACUGACUGACAUGGAUUCUGAUACUCUGGUUGAGAGCUAGGAGGAGACAUUGUGAUGGAAUGUUGACUUGAUGACCCGACAGAAGCAUGGGACCACUGAAGCUGGACAGUAUGUGUUUGUCUUCACCUCUCUGUGCCUAACACGUUUUUUAAAGUGUCCUUGCGGUACAGACACCGAAGACUAAUACAAUGAUGGAUGUUUUCCAUCGCAAAUAUCUCAGCAACCUCAGCUAAAUGAUGUUUACGCAAAUAAUAGUUAAAUAAAUAUGCCUGAAAGAAUUAAGUUAAUGUGACAGUGAAAAAAAAAAAAGGCAUUUUCAAUCAGAUUUUUCCAUUGUCACACAUCCUCAGUGUUUUAUUCAGAAAUAAAACAAAACUACAAAUGAUGUGAACUAUUUGUUUGCAUUUGUUGGGGACUUCACAGAUGCCAUUUAUUCCAUCUUAUAUUCAGAUAAAAUCUUAAGUGAUAAAAAAAAAAAAAAAAUUCAUCAAGAUGCUAACAUGAGUAUAAUAAAUUGUUAUAGUAAAUAUAUUGAGACACUUGAGAAAUAAAGAAAGUAUUUUUGUGUCAUUA